GUAUUUUUGUUGGAAAUGACAAAAUAUUCGGGGUUUUUUUAUGUUUUGUUUUGUUUUUUUACACAUGCAGUGAUACUCCCUUCAUAUCCAGACUACAUUGUGCAGUGUGUCUUCUCCAGCAGAUGGCGCAUUUGCUGGGCUUUUCAACAAUCCCGUCUGGUUUUGCUGCUGCUGCUGGUGAUGACGCUUAUCUCGUGGAGGCGGAGCUUCCCCCCUCCCGUCUCCUCCUGACGUGCAGGCAGCAGGCAGGGAACUGAGUGUGUCUCAUUCUCACUGGAUAACAGCAUCCUCACAUCCUCAUCCUCUUCCCACAUCCACCCUGACAAGGGCAGCAGCCAAGUGGAAAACCACAGGGAGAGGGCAAAUCUGAAGGGGGAAAAAAAAGCCGAAACCUAUUUUGCAAAAAUGUUGGCGUGCACAGAGAUGAUCACCAUGUGUCUCCAGUCUGCCAAGCAUGAGCACUUGAUAAAGCAGCAGGGAAUGGACUACAACCAAAACCAAGGCAUCUCUCUAUUCCACGACAUAUUACGACGGGCUGACAAAAAUGACGAUGGAAAGUUGUCCUUGGAUGAGUUCCAGUACUACUUCACCGAUGGUAUCCUGACGGAGGAGCAGAUGCAGGAGCUGUACUACUCCAUCGACAGGCAGCAGACAGACAACCUGGACAUAGACAAACUCUCAGACUACUUCACUCCACAUCUUGGAGAAUACGUCAACGUCCUGUCUGCUUUGGAGAAGCUGAAUGUGGCCAUUUUGAAAGCAAUGGACAAAACCAAAGAGGUGGGUUUUGAUGGUUUCUCACAACUGAAAUAUGGUAAAUUCAAGAAAGUUAUAGACAUAAAGGUGACCUUCAGUCAGCUCCAGUCCCUGCAGUCAUCACUGGACUGCGCUAUGGAGGCAGUUCAUGACCAGGGCUGCACAGGAAGGAGGAUAACAAAGCCUUUGGAGCUGCCGGUUCAGAGGGUGACCAAACGUCCUGGUCGGCGCAUCCAGAAGAACAUGUGUCUUUCUCCAACUGACCCUUAUUCUGGCAUGCUCACCACAGGGGUUAGCGUGGAGCCAGACAACCACUGGGGCUCCCAGAUCAACCAACUGGAGCAUCUCGUAGACAAACUGGAAUGUGAGAGGCCACAACUUGAACCUCUAAAAGAGGACACGUUAGCAGGAACCUACAAGUCGAACAUUCUUCUGGUUCAGAGGCAGAUGUCUGUGAAGGAGAGAGAUGUCGAGCAGUUUCAACAAGCUCUCAAAAUCUACACAGAUGCCACCGGCAGCCAGCUAAACAACCUGCACAUUUCGGUCCAGAACCUGCCAGAUAGAUCGUGCUUCAUAAUGUAUGAGUUUUGGCAGGAUCGUCUCUCCUGGAUGAGCUACUUGCAGUCCUCCAUCAGUAAGACCUUCCAGCGCUGCAUUAUUGACUCACUGGAAGAGGCAGAGAUGGUCUCCACUAUGCUCCUGCCAGCUUCCUGGUGGAUUAUGAACAACAACUGACAGAGAAAAUCAGCCUGAAUCCAAAACAUUGGAGAAAGAGUCAGUUUUAAAAUGAUUUUUCUUCACUUUUUUUCUUCAUUUCUAUUAUGCUAUCUUCUCUUGCCAUGACAUUAUUAAUUUUUUUUUUGCAAAGCUAUGUUUCAAGGUGAAGUUUCAAGGUAAAGUAAAAUAACUUCUUAAUAAAGAAGUCAGUCAGUUGGAAUAAAGAAAAGUGUUUACAAUAUUUGAUCACGUGACGAUGAAGAGGGAUAAUUUAUGUAAAGGCUUUGACACUUUUUCUGCUCUUGAAGUCGCACAAGGCGUAACAAGAAAAAAAAAGUAUGCAUGAUUUUGUUAUUUCUAUACCUGUUUAUUUCACUCAACACACUGUACAUUUUAGUGUAGAUAUGUGAAUGAUGCCACAAAAUCACUUUCACCGUCCACAGCUCUUUUUUCCGAACACAAAAAUGACAAUUAUGUUUUACUGACGUUUAUUAACUUUAGGGUUAGCUUGCAUUUCCCUGUUUUCUCUGUGGUUUUGUGCUUUGUUGUCUUUUUCAAAGCUCUGCUACCAAUUGUCAAUCGAAGCAUUAUUAUGGUCUGCAUCCAAACCAUAGUCAUGUCAUGUGGCUCCUUUGCACUUUAGAAAAAAUAAGAAACAUGGACCUUAUUGUGACAAAAUGAUAUGUUUAUGGUAGAUUGUUUAUUGAAAAUCUAGGCUAAGCUGCAGGUUUUAAGGACACUAACCUGCACUGAGGUGCAGUACGGCCUCAGUGAAAGAUAAUAAGAUAAUUUACCAAAUCAUUGUGCAGUUUACCCCGUACUGUUACUUAAUAAUAAUAAAAACACACAGUUAAAAUGAGAGAAGUCUAAUGGUGCCGUUAUACACGUAAGUGGAAAUUUAUAUUUUGAGGACAGACAUUAGUAGGAAGUGUUUUAUGUGAUAGGUUGAAUAAAGUGUGUAAAGUAGAUAAGUAGAGCUGUAAGAUACUAUAAGGUGCAGUAGCACAUAGGUGACUGUACAGUUUGAUGGUAUAUAGAGAGCUAGUGAAGAAAGGAAGAAAUGUGUUUUAUUUUAUGCAAAAUACAGUUGUAAUGUGGAUGUGGCAUGAAAUAAAGUUUAUCACAUA